AUGGUAAAGAUAAAUCUGCAGUACGCCUCUGCCCACGUCGCCAUCAAGCAGGACGCUGCCGCCGAGCGUCACCAGCCACCACCUCCUUCUGGGCGGGUUGCGACGCCCAAUCGCGAGGUCUACGACCAUUCCCACAAAAUCGAGGUUGAGGCCCGAUCCCUUGAUAGGCUUGCCACCGAUCUCAAUCACACCCGGGUCGCAAUAGAUGAGCUUCGAUCUGAGCGCAAUGGCCGGAUGGAAAAUUUAAUGGGGAUCCAACUGGGAAGGGAGGCAAUCGAGCUCGUGCGUGAGAUGCAUGCAACCAAUUUUCAGAUCGGUCGAGCUAUGGAGAAGCACAUGGUGGCGAUGACUAGGGAAGCCGAGAAGCUUUGUUAUGAGCUUGCGAAUGCAGAGAGGAGGGCCAUGGCCAUGGUCGCGAUUUUAGGUCUUAAUCGGGUUUUGGAUUCGAUUUGUAGAUACUGA